GAGCGACCCAGAGAGCACAAGAUCGGAUUACAAGAUGGCGCCCAGUGGACGUUAGCGAGGAGGCCGCCGUAGUUGUUGUUGUCUUCCUGACAUUUUUUUUUAACUAUUCCGAACGAGGGCUCCCCUUUGACUUUUUCCGCCGCCGGGCAUGCUAAGGGAGCAGUAGACAUUUCUCCGACACGUUCAACUUUGGUUUCACGCUGCAUGUUUCAUAACAUGCGGCUGCAAACAAAGUUGUCAGGCUAGGGAGGAAAACAGCAGACGGCUAAAGGCGUCGUAGCUUGUUAGCAGUACAGCUAGCCAGCUAGCUCCCCGACUCUCUUCACAAUGUCGGACACUCGGCGGCGAGUGAAGGUUUAUACGCUGAACGAAGACCGGCAGUGGGACGAUCGGGGCACCGGGCACGUUUCGUCCACCUUUGUGGAGCGCCUCAAGGGGAUAUCUUUAUUGGUUCGUGCGGAAUCGGACGGAUCACUUUUGCUAGAGUCGAAGAUUAGCCCCAAUACUGCAUAUCAGAAACAACAGGACACGCUGAUCGUCUGGUCCGAGGCCGACAAUUAUGACCUGGCGUUGAGUUUCCAGGAGAAAGCGGGCUGCGAUGAGAUCUGGGAGAAGAUUUGCCAGGUGCAAGGGAAGGACCCCGCUCUGGACAUCACCCAGGACCCCAUUGACGAGUCAGAGGAGGAGCGUUUUGAGGAGAUCCCAGAGACGAGUCACCUCGUCGAGCUCCCCCCCUGCGAGCUGAGCCGCCUGGAGGAGAUAGCCGACCUGGUGACGUCGGUGCUGUCGUCGCCCAUCCGGAGGGAAAAACUGGCCUUGGCCCUCAUGAGCGAGGGCUACCUCAAGAAACUGCUGGGCCUCUUCAGAGUGUGCGAGGACCUGGACAACAGGGAAGGCCUCCAUCACCUCUACGAGAUCGUCCGGGGCGUGCUGUUCCUCAACAAAGCCGCCCUUUUCGAGGUGAUGUUCUCUGACGACUGCAUCAUGGACGUGGUGGGCUGCCUGGAGUAUGACCCGGCGCUGGUCCAGCCCAAGCGGCACCGGGAGUUCUUGACCAAGACCGCAAAGUUCAAGGAGGUGAUCCCCAUCACGGACUCUGAGCUACGGCAGAAGAUCCACCAGACCUACCGUGUGCAGUACAUCCAGGACAUCAUCCUUCCCACGCCGUCGGUUUUUGAGGAGAACUUCCUGUCCACGCUUAACUCCUUCAUCUUCUUCAACAAGGUGGAGAUCGUCAGUAUGUUGCAGGAGGAUGAGAAGUUCCUCACAGAGGUUUUUGCACAGCUCACAGAUGAAUCCACAGAGGAGAGUAAACGGCGAGAACUUGUGAACUUCGUCAAGGAGUUCUGUGCUUUUUCGCAAACACUGCAGCCUCAAAACAGGGACGCCUUCUUCAAAAUGUUGGCGAAUCUCGGCAUUUUGCCUGCGCUGGAAAUAGUCAUGGGAAUGGAUGACCUCCAGGUGAGGGCAGCAGCCACAGACAUCUUCUCCUACCUGGUGGAAUUCAGCCCGUCCAUGGUCAGAGAGUUUGUCAUGCAGGAGCCACAGCAGACUGAUGAUGACGUGCUCCUCAUCAACGUCGUGAUCAAGCAAAUGAUUUGCGACUCUGACCCCGAGUUAGGCGGCGCCGUCCAGCUGAUGGGGCUGCUCAGGACACUAAUCGACCCUGAGAACAUGCUGGCCUCCACCAAUAAAACGGAAAAGACGGAAUUCCUGAGUUUCUUCUACAAGUACUGCAUGCACGUUUUAACCGCCCCACUGCUGGCCAACACGGCUCAUGACAAAAACUCAAAGGAUUUACAAGAGGGAUCCACCAAGAUCAACCCUGUUUGUCCAGAUAAUUUUCAGACGGCUCAGCUGUUGGCGCUGAUCCUGGAGCUGCUGACCUUCUGUGUGGAGCAUCACACGUACCACAUCAAGACCUACAUCAUGAAUAAAGACCUGCUGAGGAGAGUGCUAGUGCUCAUGAACUCUAAGCACACCUUCCUUGCCCUUUGCGCCCUGCGUUUCAUGCGCAGGAUCAUCGGCCUGAAGGACGAGUACUACAACCGCUACAUCAUCAAAGGGAACCUGUUUGAGCCGGUCAUCAAUGCCCUGCUGGACAACGGCACGCGAUACAACCUCCUCAACUCGGCCAUCAUCGAGCUCUUUGAGUUCAUCAAAGUGGAGGACGUCAAGUCCCUCAUCGCUCACAUCGUGGACAACUUCUACAAAGCACUUGAAUCCAUCGAAUACGUGCAGACCUUCAAGGGCCUGAAGGAUCGAUACGAGCAGGAGAAAGACAGGCAGAGUCAGAAACUCACGAGAUUUCGCAGAGAUGCUCGGUCUUUGGACGAGGACGAAGAGUUGUGGUUGAAUGACGACGAAGACGACGAUGAAGCGGAGGCCGUGGAUAAGAGCCGAAUGGAGGACGACUACUCCGACGGCUACGGCAAGUACAUGGAGGCCAAAAAAGCAGGUGCCGCCAACGGAGCCAACAACGGCAAAGCUGCUGCUCUCCCGCCCACCUCACCAGCUGCCACAGCCAACAACAGCUCGACAUCCUCGGUCAAGACGGUCCCUCUGCCCGCCUCUCCUGUGGUGAAGACUACACUGGUUGGCUUGGUGGACUACCCUGACGAUGAGGAUGAAGAGGAAGAUGAUGAUGAGGAGGAGCAGUCUCCCAGAAAGCGUCCCCGCCUGAGCUGUUAAGGCUGAAUGUCCCCAGUGUCACGUAGGUCCUGCUGGGAUGGACGUCAUGGUCCCUCCUGUUCUCUAGCUGGAAGUGUCACUGGUCCCCGGAUCUGUUUGGACCACAUCAAGGCGGAUUUAAGACCACCUCGCUCCAUUCCUCCUCCCGAGGACCUUCACUAACCUUUAACUCACGGCUCGCCUCCUCCAUCGCUGUCGUUGGUCUUAACCACACUGUCCUCCUAGUUCUCCACGCCAACACCACCAGAGAGGCUGCAGCGGAAAUACAAGUGCCAAGGCCGUGUCCUGUCUCUGCUCUGUUGCUAUAGCAACAGAAGCCGAUGUGCUGCAGCAGUCCCAACAGGAACCACCCCAUCCCUCAUCCCCACCCCCCAUCCAGGCCUGAGCCGCUGAGCUCCACGAUGGAGGCAGCCAGUGGACACACCGUGCCACAGGCCAGUCAGGCUAGCAGGACUAGCCCUCGUAGUUGUUAGGACGCUUGACUGGCCGCUCCCUUUCAUUGGCUACCCUGGAUGAGGUCACGCAUGUCGAACUGUGAACCAGGAAGCAACCACAGGAGCAGGACUCACGCCACAAGACACGUCUCAGGCGACCAGGAAUCCCGUAUUUCACCACUUUGUUAAAGUAUUGUACAGAUGAUGUUUUUUUUCCCUUUUCCUUCUUUUUAAAUCAUUUGCCCGUUUCAUUUGGAAAGGGGGGACAGCAAUACUCACCCACCUGUGUCUUUUUUUGUUUUAAUUUGUAAUCAUCGCACAGCGGUGGUGUCACUGUUCUCCCUUUCAGUCCAGUUCCUUUGAUUUAAUGUAAGUUGCAAAUGCUGGUUUUAAAAAAAAAAAACAAACAAAACAUUAAAACUGCAGUAAAUUCACUUUUGCAGCCAACA